AUGCCAUUCUUUCUUCUUCCCACUGCCUGCCUGAUCGUCGUCGAUCGGAAGACGGUGAGCGACGACGAUAUCCCUGAGGAACCGCAUGGGCUCGGGGCUCUUGGUGCGGCUGUCCUAUUUCCUCUCGGGGGCCCUUUGGUGGUCGAUGGUUGCUCGUUGGCUGUUGUUCAGGAGGUGCAAUCUUCUCGGCGGACACUUCCUUCAUGCCGUUUGAGCCUCCUCCACGUUUAUGUAUUCGAUGGUGCGCCUGAGCAGUGCCUCCUUGGGCCCUUGCUUCAGAGCGAACAAGAUAACGUUCGUCUUCUGGUAGCGGUUGCUGCUGAUUCUGUAAGAGUAAGAGUAGCAGUUAGAGUUAGACCUAAGAACACAGAGGAACUAAACUCAGAUUUCGCCGACUGUGUGGAGCUACAGCCAGAGUUGAAGCGAUUGAAAUUGAAAAAAAAUAAUUGGAGUUUAGAGUCCUACAAAUUCGAUGAAGUUUUUACUCAAAGUGCUUCUCAAAGGCGUGUUUAUGAAGCUGUAGCUAAACCUGUUGUGGAGAGUGUUUUAGAUGGGUAUAAUGGGACUGUGAUGGCUUACGGCCAAACAGGUACUGGUAAAACUUACACAGUUGGCCAGCUUGGUAAAAAUGACCCAUCUGAACGUGGUAUUAUGGUCAGAGCUUUGGAAGGCAUAUUUGCAAAUACAACGGCUGGCUCAGACACUGUGACAAUUUCUUAUUUACAGUUAUAUCUAGAGUCAGUACAAGAUUUGUUAUCACCAGAGAAGACCAAUAUCCCUAUAGUGGAGGAUCCAAAAACUGGGGAGGUGUCCUUACCUGGUUCUGCUGUUGUUCAGUUAAACGACCUUGAUCAUUUUUUGGAGCUGUUGCAAGCUGGUGAAGCAAAUCGGCAUGCGGCUAAUACCAAGCUAAAUACUGAAUCAUCUCGAAGCCAUGCAAUGUUAGUGGUUCAUGUCCACAGAUCGAUAGGAGGAAAAAGGGAAAAUGAGAUCUCAUCCCUGUCUGAUGGAACAAAUGACAAUCUAGCUUCUCACCAUGUGCCACACAUUUUAAAAAGCAAGUUGUUGAUUGUUGACCUUGCAGGCUCUGAAAGAAUAGACAAAUCAGGAAUUGAAGGCCGCAUGAUUGAAGAGACCAAGUUCAUUAAUCUUUCACUCACUUCAUUGGGAAAAUGCAUUAAUGCACUUGCUGAAAACAAUCCUUAUAUACCAACAAGAGACUCCAAGCUCACCAGGCUGCUUCGCGAUUCAUUUGGAGGCUCUGCACGGACCUCUCUCAUAGUUACAGUUGGUCCAUCGGCACAAUAUUAUUCUGAAACUGCAAGCACAAUAUUGUUUGGACAGAGGGCAAUGAAAGUUGUUAAUACAGUCAAAUUGAAAGAAGAAGUGGAUUAUGAGAAUUUGUGUAAGAAGCUUGAGUACCAUGUUGACUAUUUAACCUCAGAGACUGACAGACAGCAAAAGCUUAGAGAAAUUGAGAGGGAGCAGAUGGAAAAGAAAUUGAAAGAGCAAGAAGCAUUAAUAGUUGAAACAAAAAUUUUUGUCAGUAAAUAUGAGUAUUUGGAGAAACAAAAAAAUCAUUGGGAGUUAGAGGCCAAAAAAUUGUUGAAGGAAUUGAACAUUCAGAAGAAUGAAAAUGAUAGAUUAUCUCAAGAAAUUGGUCAUCUUGAAGAAAACUUUAAGCAGAUCAAGCAACAGGAGCUUGAAAGUUCGACACAUCAGAAAGUACUGGCUGACACGACAAAUACAUACCAGAAGAACAUAGCAGAGCUCAUCAAUCAGCUAGAAAGUGAGAGGUCUCAUUGUACAAAUCUAGAAGAACAGUUGUCUGUUAUGAAGAAGUCUCUGAGUGAUAAUAUAAAAUCAGUCCAGGAAAGAAUUGUUGAUGAUCUUGCAAGAGAAAAUUCAAAGUUGAAUGAAAUCGCAACUAGCAAAAUACAGUCUCUAGAAGUAAUGAACAGAGAAUUGUUGAUGGAGAAGGAAAGGAUUGUUGAUUAUCUCACAAGAGAAAAUUCAAAGUUGAAUGAAAUCGCAAGUAGUAAAAUACAGCCUCUAGAAGUAAUGAACAAAGAACUGUUGAUGGAGAAGGAAUUCUUAAAUAAAGAGCUUGAAUCUUUGAAAGACAAACUUUUAGACGAAGAAAGACAAAGAAGAUGCCUUGAAGGUGAAAUUGUGAAAUUGAAAAAAUUCUUGAUUGAUGGAAAUGCAGAAAAUGGGUCUAAAAGAUCCCAUUGGGCAGAAAAUUCAACCAGUUCAACUUUGCCUUUUGAAAAUCCGUCCAAGUCUCACAAGUCAAGAGAAAGUGUAUCUGCUCAAAAAGAUACCAUUUCCAAAAUCUUUGAAGAAGUUGGUCUAUCAAAUAUAUUGCCUUUGUUAAAGUCUGAAGAAUUGGAUGUGCAAAUCCAUGCAGUAAAGGUGGUUGCUAAUCUUGCUGCCGAAGAUAUUAAUCAGGAAAGAAUUGUCAAGGAAGGAGGCCUGGAUGCUCUUCUCAUGCUUCUCGAAAUAUCAAAAGAUGCAACUGUUCAUCGAAUUACUGCUGGUGCUUUAGCUAACUUGGCUAUGAAUGGUUCAAAUCAAAGUUUAAUAGUAAGCAAAGGGGGAACUAGGUUACUUGCAAAUAUUGCAUCAAAAACUGAAGAUCCUCAAACUCUUCGGAUGAUUGCUGGCGCAAUUGCUAAUUUAUGUGGAAAUGAGAAAUUGCAUGUGAUGUUGAAAAAGGACAGUGGCAUCAAAGCCCUUCUGCAAAUGAUUAAGUCCGGACAUAGUGAAGUCAUAGCUCAGGUUGCCAGAGGUUUUGCAAACUUUGCAAAAUGUGAAUCACGAGGAAUUGCUCAAGGAUAUCAAAAAGGAAAAUCAGUUCUUAUUGAAGAAGGAGCACUAUACUGGAUGAUCACCAACUCAUCUACAUAUUCAGCUUCAACUAGACGGCAUAUUGAGCUCGCUUUAUGCCAUUUAGCACAAAAUGAGGACAAUGCACUUGAUCUCAUCCGAGGUGGAGGAAUCAAGGAGCUUAUUCGGAUAUCGCAAGAUUCCUCGAAAGAAGAGACGCGCAACCUUGCGAAGAAAGCAUUGGAUUCAAAUUCUUCAUUUUCUUCCGAGAUGUAUACAAGUUGAUAUGCCCAAAAAGCUCUCGUUGAAGCUGAGUCUUGUUGUAUAAUGUAUUAUUCUUGUUCAACAUUAUGGGUCACGCACACCUCUAUUGCACAAAACUAAUUGUAUAUGAAGAUCAAUUGUUUAUUAUUUUUUUAUUUUUGAUUUCCAACAGUGAAAAG